AUGAUUCGGGCAGCGUCUUUUCUUGUAGCCGCGUCGCUGUUCGUGCGACUGGUCGUCGCACAGGCGGCUGGGUGGACGGAUGGCCAGGUCAAUACAACCAUGUGCCAGUGGGAUUCGCCUCGAGCUGCUGUGAUUCGCGAUACCCUAUAUAUCGAUGGCGGUUACCUUUGGUGGCAGCCAGGGAUGGCUGAUGGCAGCCUUGGUAGCCCGAUAGCUGACGGCAAUCCGCUGGGUCUGGUCUAUCUUCUGAACUUUAGCACCCCAUUCAAUACUUCCCAAAACCUCACUAGUAUAUUUACCACGAUAUCAAAAGCCGCUGGCGGGGGGAACUCGAACAAUAUUGGCCCACAAUAUUAUGAUGGGGGCAUGUUUGCCAAUGACUACGAGUGGUUCACAUACGGAGGUCUUCUCGCAACUACGGAUGCAUUUAGAUCGCCAGGGAAGGAUGUUGUUACAGCAUACGAGGCAUAUUCCUCGGAUCCAUCAAGGCAGUUUGCCAGUGGAUAUACUAUUAAGUAUCUACCCGACGGUUUGACCAGAUAUGUCUCAAACGGCGCGGCUGUCAGUGUUCCUUCAGAAAACCUCGGCUUCUACUUUGGGGGUUUGCGAGCUGCGAGUUCUGGUCCGAUAUAUUACCAACCUCCUAACUCAAAUGCUUCCAUAAGGGCUGAUACGCAAUCCUUGAAUAUGGUAGAAUUGGAUAUGAGUGUGCAGCAGAAGGAGGCUUGGACCAAUCGUACUCUGCCCCCCGAGGUUCCUGGACGUGCCGGUGCCGAGUUGGUCUGGGUUCCAAUUUCUGAAAGGGGAGUUCUUGUGGCAAUCGGUGGAGUGAUAUUUCCCUCCUACGCCAACUCAAGCCAGAAAGUCAACGCCUCUGCCACCGCAGAAAGUAAAAAACAAAGCCCCACCUUCAUGUCCACUGUAGCUGUAUAUGAUGUCGCUAAGGGGGUCUGGUACGAGCAGGCCACUACCGGUUCCCCUCCCGGCCAACUGACCCAGGGUUGUACCGUGCUGGCAUCUGCUCAAGACUAUUCCAGCCACAAUAUCUACUGGUAUGGAGGGUUCGACGGACUUAACCCAAAGGGCGAUUUUUCCGAUGACGUCUGGGUCCUAUCCAUUCCAUCCUUCGUGUGGAUGAAAGUCAAAUCAGGAACGGCUGCCCACGGCCGUGCUGGACACCGAUGUACGAAGCCUUACCCCGAUCAGAUGAUAGUGGUGGGUGGCUAUACUUCAUCACCUGGAUUAUCGUUAAACUGCCUCGAUGGAGGCUUCAUCCAAAUCUUCAACCUCAGCAGUGCUGAGUGGAUGACCUCUUACGAUCCCAGUAAAUGGAGCAAUUAUACAGUUCCAUCCGUGAUCUACAAGACGAUCGGAGGCUCUGAGACUGGCCAUGCAACUGAAACUUCGCCUUCACCCACCGGCUUUACUAACAAUUCAAUGAAAGCACUAUUUGACUCUAAAUAUAAUACGUCCAAGAUAACUACCUGGUAUCCCUACCAUGCUAGCCCAACAUCCAACAACAAUCGAACAACUCUUCUCCCAGAAGCGGUAUCAAAAUCUAGCACACCAUCAUACCUAGCUCCAGUUCUCGGAGUCGUCCUCGGCUUGAUCUUCCUCAGUCUUGUGGUCCUUGGAGUUCUACUUUGGCGUCGGAGGAAGCUAUUAAAACUCAACGGAACAGCAACACAAAGCGAGCCAGGAACGAUGGAUAAUCGCCGCUGGGUUACAAACUGGCUACGCGCUACCCCCACCUAUGCUAAAGCCCCAACUGUCACAACUGAUGAAACGCCCAUGACUCCUCGUACAGAAGAGUAUGAAGUACCAUAUGUCCCUGAUGUUCCUGAAAUGGCGGGCGUUCCAGUUUUAGAAAUGGAGGAUACCUCCCGACCCACUGAACUUCACGGCACAGGCUUUGUCCCAAUGGCGACUGGGAAGGCAGCAGCCAGCGGUCGCCACCCCAACGGCCUCGCCCACUCUCCUUCAACAGGCUCCCACGUCUCGCAAACAAGCUCCGUAUCCCGCAACUCCAACGGCUCCGGCCGCCCCGGCAUCUCCCCUGUAGCCACACCUCGCGCAGAUUCCCCCUCCCUUGGGCAAGUUGGAACUAGAUCUCGCAUAGCGAGCGAUCUCUCCGAUUUUAGCGAAACUGACCGUGGACAUCUGAGGGGAAUUUCGGAAACGAGCGUCAGUACUGAUGGUGCAUAUGCUGCGCCCCCACAAUUACCUGAAUCGGCAGCUCCCGCUCCAACUGAACCACCAACAGUGACAGUAACGAGUGAAGAAGACCCAACACCGGCGCCCUUGUCCGUCGUAAGUCCACUUACGCCGCCACAGGUGACCCAUGAGUCAGGAGAUUAUAUUGGAGCAGGUGCCACUGGAUCAGCAGGGAGGGCUCCCCAAACCACGCAAACAACUCACCAAAUUCAAAACCAGAAUAGGAAGAGUAAUUUUUCGGAGAAGUUGGAUGAUUCUGAUGGACCAGGAAAUUGA